GAAGUGGGCGCGGCCGCGCGCUGUCAUGGCGGCGGCCGAGGAGGAGGCGGCGGCGGCGGCGGAGAGCGAGGAAGGGGAGCGCGGGGAUGAGGAGGCGCUGGAGCGGCUGGAGGCCCUGGUGACUCACCUGUACCGGUUCCGGGACGCGCUGCCUGUGCCAGAUGCAGCUGGGGACAGACCUGGGGACACACCUGGGGACACACCUGGGGACACACCUGGGGACACACCCGGUGCUGCUGGUGAUGCCGGUGCCAAACCCGGUGCCAAACCCUGUGACACACCUGGGGACACACCUGGGGACACACCUGGGGACACACCUGGGGACGCGCUCGUGGCCGAGAUGGAGAGAACGCUGAAGCUGAUGGAGGAGAUCCAGGUGUCCCCCUCUGCCCGCGGCCGGGCCCUGCUGCUCCGUGCCCGUGCGCUGGGCGUGGCCCCGGCGGUGGGCGGGGCGCGGGCGGAGCAGCUGCUGGGCCACGCCCUGAAGCUGGAGCCGGCGCUGGGCGCGGCCUGGCGGCAGCUGGGGGAGCAGCGCUGGCGGCGGGGGGACCUGAGCGGGGCACGGGCGGCCUUCGGGGGAGCCCUGCAGCAGGGCGAGGACCCCGAGGCGCGGCGCCUCCUCUCCAUGGCCCUGCGCGCGCAGGGGGCGGGGCCGGGCCCGCGGGGGGCGGGGCCUGGCGCCGGGGGGGCGGGGCCGGGCCCGGGGGGCGGGGCCCUGCAGGAGAGCCUGGCGCAGGCGGAGGCGGCGGUGAGGAGCGACCCGAGGGACGGGCGGAGCUGGUACGUGCUGGGCAACGCCCACGUGUCGCUGUUCUUCGCGGGGGGGCAGAGCCCCGGCAGCGCCCGCAGAGCCCUGGCAGCGUACGGGCAGGCGGAGCGCGUGGACCCCGCGGCCGCCGCCAACCCCGACCUGCACCUGAACCGCGCCACGCUCCUGCAGUACCUGGAGCGGUUCCAGGCCGCCCUGGACGGGCUCAGCCGCGCUGCCGAGCUGGCCCCGGGCUGGGAGGAGCCGCGGAAACGGCACCGGAACCUGCUGGAGUUCCUGAGCCGGCUGUGCGCCCUGCUGGAGAGCCGGGGGAAGCUGCGCGGGAAGCGGCGCCGGGGCGUGGCCGGGCCGGUGCCCCUCCCCCUGCUGGGCCCGCUGGGGGGGGCGGGGGGGCCGCGCCCCUCCCCCAUCGCGGCGCUGCGCCCCGGGCCCAACCCCCAGCGGGUCCUGCUGGGCCGGGUCCUGUUCAGCCUGGCCCCGCCCGGGGGCGUGCCCUACUGCGUGGGGCUGCAGGACGGGGGCGGGGCCGUGGCCGCCAUCACCGUGUACAACGCGGCCCCCGCCUGGGGCGUGACCGUGGGCGACGCGCUGGGCGUGCCCGACCCGCUGCUGACCCAGCACCUGCACCAGCACCAGGGCCAGACCUUCUCCUUCCUGGGGAUCCGCGUCUCGUCCCCGCUGUCGCUGGUGGUGAACGGGCGGCGCCCGCCCGGCUCCGCCCUGGCCCCGCCCCGCCUGGCGCUGUCCAAUCCCGAGGAGGCCCCGCCCCCCGGCGCGCACUGACCACGCCCACCGCGGGGCAGGGGGCGGAGCUUUGGGGAAUAAAGGAGAUUUUUUUGG